ACUGUUUUGUUUAUCGGGAUUUAACUUCCCAACUUGGCAACCCAAAGACUGUCAAAUGAAAUGCGGCAAUAAAAAGCCGCAUAGCAACGCAACAUCAGUCGUCAGCUGUUUGACAGAUUGAGCUUGUGAAGGAACGCAAUUUCGGAAUCUAAAUAAUUUUGCACAAAGAAAAUCAUUACAGAUUUACUGAAACGUUCUGUGCUAAAAUUUCGUGACUGUACAGUGUAUAAAAAAAAACAUUUCCAUCGUCCAUCAGUGAAUCAGUGCUGUGAAAACAAAAACGCACGAGAUCAAUUUUGAAUUUAGAAUUCGAGAUUUUUGCCAUACCCCCCAGACAUGCACGCUUAGACCAACCAAAAAUGACCAGCCCAUUCAGAAGGAAAUACACAACCAGCAUAUUCCUAAACACAUAAACACUAGACAUUACCAAAAACUCCAGUGAGAUAGUGUAAUAGUUCCUUUUGAGUGAUAUUAGUGAUAGUGAAGUGCCAUUAGUGAAUAAUUAAUAAGUAAAUAUGAGUUUGUGGUGGUUGGUGGUCGUGCUGGCCGCGGCGAGUGCGGACAGGAGUGCUCUACCCCCGACUUGUGAUAGUUUAAUAUACUGCCAUGGGCCGCUGCUGGACACGGUGCAGAUGGCCGGCCUCUACAACGACUCCAAGACCUUCGUGGACAUGAAGAUCAAGGUCUCCGCCAACAUCACCAUGGAACACUUCCAGGAGAUGAUGAACAAGACAGGUUCGCGGCCGACAAAAGCGGAUAUCAUGGAGUUUGUUAUCCAGAACUUUGAUCCUGAGGGCUCGGAGUUCGAGAAGUGGAUCCCGCCGGACUGGCAUGAUGACCCUGCAUUCCUGAAGCUGAUCAAAGACCCUCAACUCAUGGAGUGGGGGAGAGAGCUGCAUCAGCUCUGGCUGCAGCUGGGCCGGAAGAUGAAGCAGGACGUCAAGGAGAACCAGGACCUGUACUCCAUCAUCUACGUGGACCACCCUGUGAUAGUGCCUGGCGGCAGGUUCCGCGAGUUCUACUACUGGGAUUCCUACUGGAUCAUCAAGGGUCUGCUGCUGUCAGAAAUGAGAUCCACGGCCAGAGGAAUGAUCUCCAACUUCCUGGACAUCGUGGACAGAAUCGGGUUCAUUCCUAAUGGCGGCAGAAUAUAUUAUGUUAUGAGAUCUCAACCGCCCCUCCUGAUCCCGAUGGUGCAGCUGGUGAUGCAGGACUCGUACGACGAGGAGUUCCUCCGGCAGCACAUCCACACCAUGGACAAGGAGUUCGACUUCUGGAUGUCCAACCACACUGUCGAGGUCGAGCACAAAAACCACAAGUAUAAGUUAUUACGGUAUAAUGAUAUGUCGCAAGGACCGAGGCCGGAGAGCUAUAAGGAAGACAUCGAUGUCGCCAGAAACCUGGAUAGUCUGGACAAGAAGGAGGAGUUGUACGCGGAGCUAAAGGCGGCUGCUGAGUCUGGCUGGGACUUCUCAUCUCGGUGGUUCAUCCUCAACGGAACCAAUAAAGGCAACCUGACGAAUCUCAAAACGCGUUCUAUCAUCCCGGUGGACCUGAACGCGAUCUUGUGCUGGAACGCAGAGAUCAUGCACGACUUCCACGCCAAGCUCGGGAACGUUGACAAGGCGGAGUAUUACAAGAAUGUGCAUGCACGGCUUUUGGAAGCUAUUGAUAAGGUCCUUUGGCACGAAGACGUCGGGGUGUGGUUAGACUUCAACCUGGAGUCCGGUCGGCGGAGAGACUACUUCUACCCGUCCAAUGUCGCCCCACUUUGGACCGGCAGCUACGACCGAGCGAGAAGUGAAUACUACGUUAACAGGGUCAUCAAUUAUCUAGAUAUUAGCAAGGUGGAUAUCUAUGAAGGCGGCAUACCCACGACAUUCGAGCACUCCGGUGAGCAGUGGGACUACCCGAACGCGUGGCCACCGCUGCAGUACAUCAUGGUGGAGGGGCUCGCGAGCACCGGCCAGUCCGCCGCCGUGCGGCUGGCCACCGAGAUGGCCACCAAGUGGGUGCGCUCUAACUUCGCUGUUUGGAAGCAGAAGACUGCCAUGUUGGAAAAGUACGACGCGACAGUUUUCGGAGGCUACGGCGGCGGCGGCGAGUACGAGCUGCAGACCGGGUUCGGAUGGACGAACGGGGUCAUCAUGUCCCUGCUCACUAAAUAUGGAGCUGGUGAUUUAGAUAAAUUAUCGGCGUCGGACGCAUUUGGCACCGGCGGCGGCGCCGAGUCGGCGGCGGUGGCGGCGCACGUGGGCGCGGGCGGCGUCGCCACGGCGCUGCUGGUGGUGGCGGCGUCGUUAGCCGCGGGGACGUUAGGAAUAAUGAUGUACCGAAAGCGUCGAGAGUACCAACCGCUGUCAACCAUCGGCGAGAACGUGAAAUUCCUGUCCCGGCCCUACACGGAGCUGCGCAGUAUGAACGGCACCAAGUCCAGACUACGAUGAAUCUGUACAUAGUAUCGACAAUUAUAAUAUAGGCCACUCCACACUAGCGUCUCCGUCUAGUUAACUCUAUGGCUGCUGUUAGACGCUACGUUAGCGCAACUGUGCAGCGACGCCAUUUUCCAUAGCGCUGACUAGACGCCGACGCUCAAAAGAUGCUAGUGUGGGGCGGCCCUAUAACUCCAGGGGGCCUAGCCAAGGUGACAAUCGUAGAAAGUGAAACGCUAUCAUUUCCAUACAUUAUUUACGUUUAUCUUAGCAUACGAUUUUGGCUAACGCCCACAGAUAGCUUUAUAGGCCAAAAUUGAAUGUAUAAAUUGUACGGUUGCUCUUUAGUUGCGCCUAUUAGGCCAGCGAGAAAUGUGCACGUGCUAACUAGCUCUCCCUCAUUGAAAGAGAAAGAGACAAGCUUAUGUUCGGAUGUAACAAAGCAUGGUACGCAGAAAUUAAUCAAGAAAAACAGAUCAUUCGUAAUUAAAUAAAUUAUGGAAGUAUUCUUUGUUCUCCUCAUGAGUUUAACGUAUCUAUAGUUAUAUAGUGUCAUUCUAUGACGGGUGAUCAGCGAUCACGUGAUGCUUCCUAUAGAAAACUAAAUUUUUGGACGCCUAGGCCCGAACCCGGACCGUUCUAGUGUGAGUCAUCUCGGUAGAUCUCUUGGUGUAAGUCUUCCAGUAGUUAGUACAGUACCCGGCAAAAAAUAUUUCACAUCGGUUUUUGGAAAAAUACAAUUAUUGUUUACGAUGACUUCCUAACAUGUGUUCGGCCGCGUAAACUGAAGACGCCGGUUCGAUUCCGGCCUCGGCCACCUGGACUUGGUCACUCCUUUAGCCACUCACAUGAUUCAUGCAACUGUAGUUCCAAGCUGUCACCCUUAUUUUUACAUAAUAAUAGAGGUCACUGAAAAGUAUCAAUCAUGUGAGUGGUUAGUGUAUGACACAUAUUUCAGUUUAUUAGAGAUCCCACACUAGCGUCACCAGAGCGUUGGCGUCUAGUUAACUCUAUGGCUGCUGCUCGUUGACGCAACUGCGCACCGACGCCAUUUUCCAUAGCGCCGACGCUCAAAAGACGCUUGUGUGAGGUGGCCGUAUAAGCCAAAAGUCUCUUUCUAAAGAUCUGCAAUAUUUAUGGCCGGGUAAUGUACAUGCUUUAUUGGCUUUUGGAACGGGUUUUCCUUCAUAAACUUCAGAAAAGGACAUGAUUUUGGAAAUACAGUGAUGACAUAUGUAGUAGUAAAAUAAUUAUAGUAGAUCAACCAAAAAUCUAGACCGAUGACUUUGUGUUAUUUGUGUCUUCGAUAAGUUAAUAUUAGAAGUGACACCUUACACGCCUGCGAUCAAUACAUCUUUAGAUUGUAUUAUUUAUAACUAAAGAGUUAUUGAUUGAAUGCAGGAACUGAAUCAAAUUCAAUUUAAUAUAAAAUGUCGCUUUCUAAAUAUCAGACCUUUCUGUCAAAAAAGGGCCCUUAUGCACAUGAAGCAUAGGGACCCUUUUUAAUGGAAAGUCACAAAUUGUCUCCAGUGAAAUGGAAACUAAACUCAAUGAGUUAGAUACAAAUGUUGGAUAUUUUAGAAAAUGGAGUCUGUAAAAUACCAGUUCUUCAAGUGCUGUGAAUGAUUUAAACCUUGUAUAUAUAGUAUUAAGUGCUAAUAUCCUUUAACGUGUACAAUUUAACCGUCUCAGUUUUAUUAUGUUUAAUUAUUUAAUAUUUCUCUGGUCUUUAUAAUUAUAUUAAUCGAAGCUCAAACUUGUUUAAAGCAAUAUUUUGUAUACUUUAUGUCAAUGAAGUUUUGAAAUCACGUUUUUAUUGAAGUAGUUUUUGUGUUUUAUUUUUUGGCGAUUUAAACAAGAUUAUGCCUACAUUUAUGUAAAAUGCUAUACUAGUGAAUUUCUCGGAGCUGUUUAUGUAGUUAUAUGAUUUGUUUAAAUUGCUCAAUCAAUUAAAUACUGAUUUAAAUGCUCAUUAUGAAAGUGAAACGCUUUAAACCAUGUUUUACUAAUUUAUUAGAGAUUUAAUUCAUUUUAUCAUGGACAUAAUUUGUACUAGAUCUAAAUAUUUAUGGUUCUACUAUUUGUUUUAUAAAUUGUAGUUUAUCAGAAAAUAUUUGAAUUCAUUUGACACUUUAUUCAAAGAAUAGGCCAAAUUUAGACCAAUUUUGGAACAUAGCACGCCAUUGAUAGGGUAAGAUGAACACAGGGCCAAGAAGGAAACUUGUAUAGGUAUGACUUAUCUUACUCCAAAAUAAAUAGUUCGUUUCUUCAUCUGACCUUAAUGAAUCUGCAAUUAUUUCUACGACUAUGUGUAACCGAUUUCAUUUCACUAGCUUUAAUAAUAAACCCUCUAAAGGAGUCUAAAGUGUCAAAAAACACUUAGAGUGAGACCAAGAAAAGUCUGCAGAGAUUUAGACAGCCCACGCAGUGCAAGUGUUAUUUUAAACGUCAAACUUCCAUGAAAUUAUGACGUAUAAAUAACAUUUGCACUACGUGAGCUAUCAAAAUCACUGCACAUUUUUCUUGGUCUAACUCUAAGGUACUUGCACCUAAGAUGGCCCAUCGGUAUUUUUCUUGAGUUUAAUAUGAACGUGCGGUUUUGUCUAUGGUACUAGCGAACAUAUGCAAAAUUUUAACCGCCACUUAUAAAAGUAUGAUAGGUAUUUUGAAAGUAGGCAAGCUUAAGAAUCGGGCCAUCUUAGGUGCAAGUAUCUUUUACACUACUGUGUUUAGUUCUGACCUAAAUCUAGAACAAAGUCCGUAGUCGAAACAUAUAGGUAUUAUAUAUCUACUUUUAUAUAUUUAGGUAUUCAUGUCGAGUAUUAUUAGGUAUACUAGUUGUUACUUAUUAUAGCUUUAAGUAGACAAUUUUGUUUUCACUGUAAAUAGUGUUGAAUGUUAUUUUGCAUUUAUAGAAUAUGUGAUUUCAAAACGUCAUAUGUAUUCAUGUUUCAUCUUCUAGGAGCUUAUAAAUGUUUCAAAUAGUGUUUUCAAACACAAAUAAUACAUUUCUUCCUAAGUUCCACCCCACACUAGCUAGCGUCUUCCGAGCGUCGGCGUCUGACGUAACGUUGACGCAACUGCGCAGCGACGCCAUUUUGCAUAGCGCUGACUAGACGCCAACGCUCAAAAGACGCUAGUGUGAGGUGGUCUUGACUAGAUUAUCUAAUAUUUGGAUGGCAUUAUGCACAUACGACCAUUAACCUAAAAUUAUUUGGUUAUUUCUGCAUAAAACCAUUGACUAUGUGAAAACUGAGCUUAAAUUAUUUGAACUGCGGUGCUGGCACCGAAGUAGUGUAAGUUUAAAAUGUAUUUUUUCGAUCUGUUAUGUGUAUUUGAGAAAAGUAUAUUCAUGACAUGUAACCUUAUUCCUAGGUAGAUUAUUUUAACAAAUAACACUGUUUAUUUAGAAAGAAUUAAGUGACGUGAUUGAUUAAUUAUGAAACAGAUAGAUUGCCUACAUUUUUUGAUCGAAUACAUCUUGAAUAAAUAGAAGCUUCUAUAUUUUAAAUCAAUUUAUAUACCACGAGGUCAAUUCGAAUCGAGUACAUUUUGAUAUCUAAACUAAAUCAUUAAAUUUAGUUAUCAUUUGCAUGUGCAUUCCGUACGUACUAAGCGUUAGAGAGACGCGCGGGCGAAUGAUCUAAAAUGACAUCAUUUAUUAAUCAAAAUGUACGUUCAAAUAGGCCUCUAAUUUAAAAAUAAAUUUCUCCUGGCAAUUUUCACGUAAUUUGCCGUAAUAAACAUUGACUACCUUAAUGAACUGUUUAACAGGUAAAACUAUUUAUUUUAGAUAUAAAAUAGACAUUUUAUUUUGUUAAGAAUAUACCCUGUGACAUCCCAAGUGGUAACUCAGUGACGCAAAUAUAUUUUACGUGCAGUUUUGACUGGACUUUUGUCCUCAUAAUUAAAUAGUCGAUUUAAUGGUUUUCUUAAGAUAUCUCUGUACCCCUAACAUCUCACAUGUGAUAUUUUUGUUUAAUUAUAUCUAUGAUAUGGUUUAUUUUAACCAUUUUGUUCCUAGAUCGUUUUAGAUGAUUUUAUUCUCAGUUGUUGUUUUUCAUAUUUGUGGGUUACUAUGUUUUACUAUGGAGCGCAGCCAAGAUACGCGAAAGCUCUGUAUAUUAGAUAUUAGCAUGAACUUUGACAAAUAAAUAAGAAAUUUUUAAUUAAUUCAA